UGAGUCGGACCGUCGGAGACUCUCUCGGCUCAUUUCCCCACCCUUCUCGCCUUGGCUUGCCUGAGGGGAGCGCACGAGCCAGCGCCCAGCGGCGAGCGCCGCCUCUGCGCAGCAGCGCGCAGGGGACCGGAUUCUCGCGGACCCAGGCGAGCGCGGGCGUACAGACGCCGCGACCGGAUGGACCUCAAGGAUAGCCUCUCCAAAUUUAAGCAGCAGCAGGAGAGAUGCCAGUCAUCUUUGGCGAGCAUAGCUGCUUCGGCCUCAAAACCAAAGCACAGAGCCCAACCUGUAAAUGCUCCGUCCGCUCCAGCAAGACCAUCGCAACCUAUUAAAUUUUCGAAUGAUACAGAAAGGCUGCAGCACAUUAAUUCGAUUAGGAAAUCUCCUGUUGGAGCACAGAUCAAACAUGUCAUCGAACUGCUUUACAAGACAAGACAAGCUUUUACUGCAGAGCAGAUAAAUGAAGCAACUUAUGUUGAUAUUCAUGGUAAUAAAGCUGUCUUUGACAGCUUGAGGAACAACCCCAAAGUAAGCUAUGAUGGGAGGCGUUUCUCUUACAAGUCCAAGCAUGAUCUGAAGGGAAAAGAUCAACUACUUGUUUUGAUAAGAAAGUUUCCAGAAGGUCUUGCUGUUGUGGAAGUCAAGGAUGCAUACCCAAAUGUAUUGGAAGAUCUGCAGGCUCUGAAGGCUGCAGGUGAAGUUUGGCUUUUGUCAAACAUGGACUCCCAGGAGGACAUUGUGUACCCCAAUGACCCAAAAGCAAAGAUCAAGGUUGAUGAUGAUCUGAAGCAGCUCUUCCGAGAAAUUGAGUUACCACGUGACAUGGUCGACAUUGAAAAGGAACUCCAAAAGAACGGCAUCAAGCCCAUGACCAACACUGCCAAACGACGAGCAGCCGCCCAGAUCAAUGGGGUGAAACCCAAGGCUAAACCCAAGAAGAAGCAGCGUGAGAUCACGAAACGGACCAAGCUUACGAAUGCCCAUCUGCCUGAGCUGUUCCAGAAUCUCAACACUUAAUCGUGUUGCAAUACUUAACUACUCGACUACUCGUAUGGUUCAUUGUACUCCUAUAUACCGUUUGUAGCCUUGUGAGCUCUGCAAAUUUGUCUGUCCAGAUUCUGGGUUUUGUACCUAUGCAUUCUGACAUAGGAGAAUAUGACCUUGAGAUUCUGUUUUCGUUUUUCAGUUUUAGUUGGUUUCAAGCUGUGACCUCUUUCCCAGUGGAUUGGAGUCUCAAGGAUAUUUCUAAAUUUGUAUACGCUGAAUCUUAUGAGGUUACUAGUGGGGUUUAGGACUACAGUCAUCAAGAUGGUUGUUUUUUUU